AUGGCGGCGCCCGCGGCUCGGCCCUGCCAGCCACAACCGGUGAGCACGAGGGACUCCUCCUCUCCCUCGCCGGGGUCCUUCCACCUCUCGGACCGGGAGCAGUGGUCCAGCCUGCUCCUCCGCAGCGCCCGGUGCCAACGCCCGCUGCUGGCCCACCUCAACGGCGACACCUCCUGGCUGCUGCAGCUGCCGCGGCCAGCUCACCGUCACCACCCAAGCCGCACCCACUUCAACAUCCUUGUCGACCCCUGGCUGCGCGGGCCUCAGAGCGACGUCGCCGGCUGGUUCAGCACCCAGUGGCACCUCAUCCCGCCCAGCUUCGACACCGUGGCCGACUUGGACGAUGCCUUGCGAGACGUCGAGGCUCGCACUCUCCUGCAGCUGGGCUCCUCCCCGAGCAGCAGUAACGGCAGAGACGGCGAUGCCGGCGAUGGGCUUGAGACAGAGCCAUGCUCCGAUUCGCGCAUCGACGCCGUCGUCGUAUCCCACGAGUUUACCGACCACUGCCACCAGGCAACGCUCCUCGAGGUAUCCCCUCACACGCCCGUCUUUGCGCCCCAGGUCGCCGCCGACCUGAUCCGCAGCUGGAGCCACUUCGACCGCGUCUUCACCGCCCCCGCGCUCCAGGCUCGCGACGACUGGUCCCCCGCCGGCCUGCCCGCCGUCGACCCGUUGCCAGACUGGAUCGCCAUCGGCCGCCUCGUCGCCCCAGACAACAGCCUCUACUACCACUCGGCCAUGCUCGUCGCCUUCCGCCUCGGUAACAAGGACGAUGGCGACGACGACAGUCGAGAAGCUAUUCUCUACGCGCCCCACGGCGUCCAGAGCCGGGACCUCGACGGCAUCCGGUCUUCUGGCCUGCGCCCCCUCGCCCUCCUCCACGGCCUGCACGACGUGCGCAUCUGGAUGGCCAAGCAACUCAACCUCGGCGCUCUCGACGGCAUCGAGGCAGUCGCCGCCACGGGGGCCAGGUACUGGGUCGCCACGCACGAUGAGGACAAAAAGGGCGCCGGCCUCAUCGCCCCCUUUUUGCGCCGCACCCGUUACUCCCUCAAGGAGGCCGUCCAUCACCAGCAGCAACGCCUGCGCGAGGAUCCAGGACAUGGAGAGCCGCCCGACUAUCGCUUUUUCGAGCUGGGCUCCGGAGAUGGCCUCUGCUUGGACUAG